UUUUUUUGUUUGUUUUUUGUUUUCAUUAUUAUUUAGCUGAACCAGACCCACUGCAUUACCCUUCAGCCAUCUUUAUGCACUGCCACACCAUGCCAAUGGGGUUAUGCCUUUCUCUCUCUCUCCCUGCCUCCCUCCUACCCCUUCCACAUCCUUUUCUGGCUCUAAAAACAGUAAUCAAAAGAACACUACCGAUCUCCUUUAUGUGUAGCCUUCAUCAGCUAGAAUGUAAAGUUUAAGAGGGCAGAGAUUUGCUUCCUUUUGUAUUUAUAUUAUAUUUGCUUCUAUUUGUAUUCCCAGCGUUUGGCACAUAAUAAUCUCUUAAUGUUUCUUUUUCUUUCAUUUAUUUUAAAACGAAGAGAUUGGUUUCUAAAUAAUCUCUCAGGCCCCCUUCCAGCUCUUGAUCCUAGGAGACUUCUCAAGGUCACAGACCUAGUCAAUAGCAGAAUGAGGACUAGAUCCAAGGUUUCCAUCACGGAUCUAUCGAACAUCUUGCAAAUAGCAGGAGCUUAAUCAUUGUUGCCGAAUUGCCUAGAAGGGAUGGGGGCUGUAGAGACUUGUUGCCUGCCCCAUAGAUGUUUACAUUCUAAAAUCUCCGUCUCCAUACUUGCUCUCCACUCCUCCCCAUCAUGGCCACGGUCUCUCCCAGGCUGUUGAAACCCAGGGAAGCAGGCAUCCACAUAGUGAAACUCCUCGCUCCGUAUGGGGCUACAAGUUGAACCGGGCAUGCUCUGUAGCCAGGGCAGGCGUUGGGUAGCAAGUAGACGGCCCCAGCCUUCGCCUAGAGAGUACAACAGCUCGGAGCUCUCCGCGGAGGUGGGCGUUCCCCGUCCUGGAAUUUAGAACGCGGCGGUAGCCAAUGGGAGAGAGCGGCUGGCGGGCUUGUAGCGUUAUUGGAGGUGUUGCGAGUGUGAGGGUGUGCUAGUGACUGGGGGGAGCUGCGGUCUGUCGGUCGGUCUGGGUCACCCGAGAGUCCCCGUAGCUGGUUGCUGGUUGCCGCCGCCUGUAAGUGCCCUGCGCUUGUGCAGCCGCCGCCGCAACAGCACCUCCAGCUCCAUUGCUUUACUUUUCUGCAGCCCAAACAGGAGACAUUAUGCCGAAGAGAAAGUCUCCAGAGGGUGCCGAGGGCAAAGAUGCAGCUAAAGUAACUAAACAAGAGCCCACAAGACGGUCUGCAAGAUUGUCAGCUAAACCUGCACCACCAAAACCUGAACCAAAACCAAGAAAAACCACUAAGAAGGAACCCGGAGCAAAGGCUACCAAAGGCGCCAAAGGGAAGAAGGAUGAGAAGCAGGAAUCUGGAAAGGAAGGUACUACUACACCGUCUGAAAAUGGUGAAAGUAAAGCUGAAGAGAUUCGCAUCUAUCGCUCAACUGUUAGUGUUUCAACAUCCCGAGGUGCCCCACCCAGCACACUGUCAGUAAAAGGGCAGAUUGAAACAGUGAAAGUUAAGGGUACGGUAGAGAAUGUCUGCCUGUGUGCAGUGGCUAGAAUCAGAUAGUAGUGUGCCGCUUUUCAUUAUGAACAGUGGAAGCUCGCAGGUAAGGAAGGCUGCUUGUGACAAGCUUUCUGAAAAGCCGAGCCCGAUAAAACAGAGAAGUGUGUUUGUGGGUAUGUAUGCCUGUCUUGUCUGCGGAGCACCUACCAUGGACAUAGGCUUUGCAGUGGAGCUGCUUAGGGAGGGAUGCUUUCAAAUCAAUCGAUCCAUCGAUCAAUAAGUCGAUAAAUAACAAAGCCGGCAUUGUGUCAGUGGGGUGGCUUGUAUUGUAACGUCUUGGGGCGGGGUCUGAGUCUGGUUAGUAACGGUCUUCUUCUCUUUUUCGUUUUUUGUUUUUUUUUUUCUUUCCAUAGGCACGGAAAACUGAAUCUGUAGGUGACAAGGGAGAAUGAAUUGUCACGGAAAUUGGGGGUGGAUUUUAUGUACCUCUCGGGACAACUUUUAAAAGAUAUUUUUAUCAAGUAUUUUGUAAAUGCUAAUUUUCUAGGACUACAAUAGGCGGCAUAUUAAAAAAAUGUAUAUCGAUGAAUAUUUUCCCUUCUCAUAACAAUGCUUUUUUUGGAAGCCCUCCUCGCCCCUCAUCACCUCCCCUGACACACACACACAUCCCCCCCCCCAAAGUAAUAUGAACAUCAGUUGAAUAUUGGAAGCCGUGUGUAAAAUUGGAUCAGCAUUCCACGCACUUGCUUUGAAAAUUAGUCCUGUGCAGACGGUGGUGUUUUUACUGUGCAUAUUUGAAUUUUUCAUGCAGUUUUUCUAGAGCAAUAAUCAGUGGUGCUUUUGUACUUAGGUUUUAUGUGAUUUUAAUGAAACAUGGAUACUUGUGGCCACCUGCUGACUAUUUUUGGUUCUUUUAAUGGUUUAAAAUAAAAGGUUUUCUUGCCUGCAAAA